UUUUGAACAAAGUUUAUUUACAGCUGGCUUUCAAAGUGCGCCCUUUACAACAUAGGCAACUUAUUCAACAGUUUAACCUGACCUGCUGACAUAAACAAGUUAUCAUGUCCGCAACAUAUUUAUUUAAAAUUUACUCUUAAAAACACUCAGGCAAUGUUUUCAACGCAAUAAUAUACUCAGUCAGUGUGUAGGCUUUCACUACCGAAAUAAUUACACCGUCAAGAAUUGUGAUUGUAGCGUAAUGCUCGUCUACUUCAAUGUCUUCAGCAUUCCUGCAGCUUAUACAAACUUACCUAGAAAAAUGCAAGAUGACUGGUUACUUAGACAUUGAUGGUGAAACUAACUUCAAGACAAGUUUUUCUGUCUUUGUAGUGAUAUUGUACCUCAAGGUGCUGUAUGUACUUGUGAUUACUUUGUAUGCACUAUCCAGAUUCAACACACAAUGACAUUCCAAUUGAUUCUGGCUGGGCCUAAUCAGCCUGGUGUGGCACUCAGCAGAAAAAUUACCAAGGAGCUGCAGACUUACAAGAAGAAUGCUAUAAGAUUCAUCUAUAAUUGUUAUGUGACAAGUCAACCUGGUGCUAUUUUAAAUGUUGACUUGGAUAUGAAUCAUGAGCAUGCAUGUGCAGUUGCACUGAAUGCACUCUACAAAAAGGCACUACAAAACUUGGCAAGUGUUGUCCUCUGUAGUGAUCAGAGAUUUAUGCAUUGGUUUUACUGCAUGAAGAAGUAUUCUGACUUGGAAGUGUUUAAACUUACUGAAAAUAAUGCUGAACGCCUUUUAUUACGUAAUGAAGCAAUUGUCCUGCUAGUCACGGAAAAAGAGCAUAAAAUUUUAAGAAAUUAUGUCAAAAGCUUUAACUUUUUUUGUUUGAUUGUGGACGAAGCUGAUGUGAUGUGUGAAAAAAUGAUAACCAAACAAAUUCAAGCUGAUUUUCAUCUUGGAAUCACUCAUCGGAAUUUUAUUACGGAACCUAAUCAGCAACUCCAAUGGCAGUUGACCAACUGGGUGCUGAAGAAGUCCAACAAGCGAUUUUUUAAGAAAACCGAUUUUAUUGAUUAUGAUAACGCUUAUUUAGAUAUACACGUAGAUCCAUACGCUUGGUUUAGGCUUAUAUUGACCUGGGAUCUUUGUUCAGACGGCGACAGAUUACGACAUGAAGAAGAAAAAGUUCAACUUCAUGAAAACAUCAAUCAGUGCGCCGAAUUGCAUGGUUCCAAUUCAUCUCCAGGUGGUGGUGGUGGUAAAACAAAACGAAAGCCUGCUUCUAAACAAAAUUUCACCGCACAGAAAACAAGAUUGCGCAGGCGAAUCGUCGAAGAAGAAUCUUUUGAGCAUUGGACGUCGGAUGAAGACAAACCGCCAGAUUUAUCGGUGUUUGAAGUUUCGAUUUCUUCUUCGGUGAGUUCCAGCGCCAGCAAUAGUCCGAGAAAACUACGUUUAAAGUCACCGAGAGGUAAGGAGAAACCAAUUGAUGAAUUUAGAAGCUCUUAUGUAGAAAUCAAACGCCGGAAGCUUGAUUUUGGCGCGAGUUUGCCACAAAAUGAUCAAUCACUACGUAAGACACAAUCAUCAGGCGUACUUUUAGUUGAUAAAGACGUAGUGGACGAGUUUUCCAAGCCGUUUGAAGGCAGAAGAUUGCAGACGACGAAUUCAGACUCUGCCUUGCUUUCAACUUCGCGAAAUGUACAAGAGGAGUUGAAUGAUAUCCAAAUUCAACGCGAGUUUUCAGAAAACUUUGAUGUGCCCACAUCUACAAAACAAUUAAUUUCAGAAAAACACUUGGAAACUCUAGUAACAAGUGAAAUAGCGUGUCCAACUUGUAGUUCAUCCAAGAUACAUUCCCAAGAGGAUGUUCUUGAAUCGCUGAAUUUGUAUCUAAGUCAAAACGAAGCUGAAAAACAAGAAACUCCAAAAGAGUUGACGACAAAUACAACGCCAACGUGGAAUGAUUCAUCCGAUGACGACAUUGAUAAUUACAUGCUGCAAUUUUUGGAAAACAUGAAACGGGAGAACAAAUUGAAUCCGAAAAGCACGGAGAGUUUGAAACUUUCGACGACGUCGAAGAUGAUGCCAUCUUGCAGUAAGAAAGAGACUGAUGCAUGCCAAAAAUAUCCAUCGGAUGAUUCAGAUAGUGAUAAUUUCCUUAAAGAAAUUAUGGCUGAUAAAACUUGCAAGAAAAGCGUCGCGAAUGUGAUUAAUAGCCACUUGUUGGAUAGUCCCGAGGAGGACAACUUUUUAGUUUCAUUUUUAUAACACGAUUUCUUUGAGUAUGACGUUUUAUAAAUAAUUUUAUUCUAACUAUGAUGAUAUAUAUAUACAAUUUGAUUGCUCUAAGUGAUUUAAAUGAUAAUAAUGUAUAUAAAAUGAUCAUUUUUGUCUAAGGAACUAAUAUAUUUUUAAUUAAAGUAGACAUAUUGAGCAUAACACAGCAUAA